AUGGCAACUACUCAGGUUGAGAUCGCGCUAGAGAAGACAGCGGCGCACCAUGUUGAGGAUACUUUGGGUCACGGUGCGAUCAUCGAAGCGAAACAGGCGAGCGACGAGGAGCAUGCUCAGACUCUGUUCCAGGCACUGCGUGACAACCGCAAGGCUGUCGCGUGGUCAAUGUUGAUUUCGAUGUCAAUUAUCAUGGAAGGAUAUGAUACGAUUCUCAUGGGAAACUUCUACGCCUAUCCCACAUUUACGCAAAAGUACGGAAGCUGGUAUGCCAAGGGUAAUGAAUAUCAAGUGUCAGCCCCAUGGCAAUCGGGACUCAGUAUGGCUAGUACAGUGGGAUGUAUCUUUGGCGGUAUUAUGAAUGGAUACUUUGCUUCAAAAUUCGGAUACCGAGGCGUCAUGAUUGUGGCACUGGCGUUCCUCACUGCCUUCAUCUUUAUCACCUUCUUCGCCAACUCAGCUGCCGUCCUCCUUGUCGGCCAGAUCCUAUGCGGAUUCUCCUGGGGAGUCUUCGCAACUGUUGGCCCCGCCUACGCAUCCGAGGUCUGCCCCACAAACCUGCGUGGAUACCUCACCAUCUAUGUAAACAUGUGUUGGGCCAUUGGUCAACUUAUUGCCUCUGGCGUGUUGUACGGCCUGGUCGGCCGAACGGAUCAGUGGUCAUACCGUAUUCCGUUUGGUCUGCAGUGGAUCUGGCCAGUGCCCUUGAUGGUAAUCUGCUGGCUGGCACCAGAGAGCCCAUGGUACCUCGUACGGAAGGACAGACUUGAGGAUGCAAAGCGCAGCCUCCGCCGACUUGGAGGAAACAAGACCGAGGAUCAAAUUAACGGGCAAUUGGCAAUGCUGGUGCACACCACCAAGAUUGAAGCCGAGAUCGAGUCUGGAACAACAUACGCGGAGUGCUUCAAGGGAGUGGAUUUGCGCCGCACAGAAAUUUGCUGCGUCGCUUUCAUGGGGCAGAUCAUGGCUGGUAGUUCGUUCGCCUACACACCUACGUAUUUCUUCGAGCAAGCUGGCAUGAGCACCAACCGAUCCUUCCAGCUUGGAGUUGGAUGCACAGCCGUUAGCUUCGUAGGCACCGCACUCUCCUGGUUCCUAAUCACAAAGUUUGGUAGAAGAACCCUGUAUGUCUGGGGCCAGGGUAUCCUCGCCACUAUCUUAUUCCUCGUCGGAAUUAUCAGUGCCGCGUCAUCGAGUGACGGUUCCAUGUGGGCUCAAGCAGCACUCUGCAUGAUCUGGCUCUUCACCUACUCCUUAACCGUCGGGCCAAUCGCCUACUCCGUCGUCGCGGAAAUUUCGUCAGUCCGCCUACGAACAUUGACCGUCUGCCUUGCACGAACAGCCUACCAGCUCAUCAACGUCGUCUCGCAAGUCUUGGAGCCUUAUUUCAUGAACCCAACCGCAUGGAAUGCGUCUGGUAAGACCGGCUUUUUCUGGGGAAGUACCGCGUUGAUUGCAUUCACAUGGGCUUUCUUCCGCCUACCAGAACCCAAGGACCGUACCUACGCUGAGUUGGACAUCCUUUUCGCCAGGAAGGUUCCUGCGCGCAAGUUCUCCUCAACUCAGGUUGAUGCCUUUGCGACCGUGUCAGCAUCUUCGCAGGAGGGUCUCGUCCGCGAGGAGACGGCCCAGGAGAUCAAAGAGUGA